CACCGUCAGUACUUGCGAUCGGCCAUUUUGUGAGUGUGUGCUUCGUCGGGAUAUUUGUGUUAAGAAGCUUUUCCAGUAAAACCGAAUGAUUUAGUUUACGGAGCGGACUCGUUUUACUUUUAUUGCACGUGCUAAGGGCGCAGAGGAUCCGUGGACGUUACGUAGACUUGUACGAUGGAGGAGAAAGCGUCGUUGAAAGAGCUCGACCAGUGGAUAGAACAAUUAAAUGACUGCCAACAACUAACAGAAAGCCAAGUGAAAACUCUGUGCGAGAAGGCAAAAGAAAUCUUAUCUAAAGAGUCUAAUGUACAAGAAGUAAGAUGUCCUGUAACAGUAUGUGGAGAUGUACACGGACAGUUCCAUGAUUUAAUGGAAUUGUUCAGAAUAGGUGGCAAAUCUCCAGAUACAAAUUACCUUUUUAUGGGUGACUAUGUAGAUCGUGGUUAUUAUUCCGUUGAAACUGUUACCUUGCUGGUUGCACUUAAGGUCAGAUAUAGAGAAAGAAUAACAAUUUUAAGAGGUAAUCAUGAGUCAAGACAAAUCACACAGGUGUAUGGGUUUUACGAUGAAUGUUUACGUAAAUAUGGUAACGCAAAUGUGUGGAAAUUCUUUACGGACCUGUUUGACUAUUUACCAUUGACUGCGUUGGUGGAUGGUCAAAUAUUUUGUUUACACGGUGGUUUAUCACCAUCGAUCGAUACUUUAGAUCAUAUACGUUCCCUAGAUCGUAUCCAGGAAGUUCCACACGAGGGUCCAAUGUGUGAUCUUUUAUGGUCAGACCCAGAUGAUAGAGGAGGAUGGGGUAUUUCUCCUCGCGGGGCAGGAUAUACUUUUGGACAAGAUAUAUCAGAAACUUUUAAUCAUUCUAAUGGCCUGACAUUAGUAUCACGAGCGCAUCAAUUAGUUAUGGAAGGCUACAACUGGUGUCACGAUCGUAACGUUGUAACUAUAUUCUCAGCCCCUAAUUACUGCUACCGUUGUGGAAAUCAAGCUGCAAUCAUGGAAUUAGACGAUACUUUAAAAUAUUCAUUCCUUCAAUUUGACCCGGCUCCAAGACGCGGAGAGCCACACGUUACUAGGCGAACACCAGACUAUUUCUUGUAAAGAAUCAAACCCCAGAAUUAAAUAUUAAGGUAGGGGUACGGAAAUGAUUCGGGCUUUAUAGCAAUGCCACUGAAAAUAAUUUAUGGAUAGAACAUCAAUAAGAGUGUGAGGUUUCAGCCAUCCUUGCACGUCAUAUUAUAGUCUCAAGUAUUAUAUCAUGACUCACUUUGUGGUGUCUCAUUUAGAGACAGAAUACAUACAUCCGCGUAUUUUGCGUGUGUCCAACACCAUACAUCUAGACACAACAUUAAUUAUAUACAUGAAAAGAAAAAAGCAAACAAUAAUUUACACACGUACCAAUUAAAAUUCACGUAUAGCAUUGAGUUCUAUAACUUUCAUUGUACUGCUUGUAUUUUUAUUAUCGAAGAAAAAAGAUAUGAACAUA